CAUCGUGCAGCUGGGAUGCGCUUCCCCUGCAAUGUCCUCCGGAAUCAAUCAGCGACGUGAGCUUAGCGUCACACUCUGCAUUUGAUCGAUUAUGCACAGGAACAAACAAUCAACAGAUGCAGAAGCAAAGAAUCGCAGCAGGGAGGAAUUGCAGCAGCAGAAAAUUCUCAACCGAUAUCUGUCCUAUACGCAGUGAAUGUUCACCGCCUUAAGCUUUUGUCACGCACUGCGCGAGUUUCGCGAGUUCAUUUCAAGGAUAGAUGAUGAAGAUGUAGAGAUAUGUCGAGGUAGUGGGAUUCUGGAGUUGGGUUUGAAGAGCCUUUUAGGUUUUUUAGGAUUUUUGAAGAGAGGGUGGGGGGAAGAGUUGUGUCGAUGAGGAUGAGGACGUGAGAGCCUGACGUGGUGAAGCAGAAGGAAUGGGGCAGUGGUGGCUGCUCGGGGUGUACCUCAGUCUCUGCCCCUUGCUUCUCACGGUGCUCUUGUGUGGAGAUCGCCCCAUUUUCAAAGGGACGUUUGUGGAACGGACGCAUGAUUUUCUCACCGGCGGUGCUUGUGAUUGUUGCGUGAGAUUGGUAGGUGUAUGUUUUGGUCAAAGGGGUAAGAAUGCUUGUGCUGCAGCGGAGACCUACUGCUGUGAUAAACCAAAUCCUGCUUUACAGUUAUUUUAUUUGAGCAUUCUUGGCGGUUGCUAUUUCACGCUAACGUGGACCUCACUGCAAUAUAUUCCCGGUCUUUACAUAUCUUUUUACCACAGAUAUACAGGUCCAGUUGCUGCGUGUUUUGGUCUUUGCUUGUUCCUUCUUACGAGCUUUACAGAUUCUGGGACAAUUGAUAAGUCCACAGUGCAGUCCCACCUGGGGGUGUACCCUUUCGAUGGUGUUCUCUAUGAGGAGAAAACCUGCUCUACCUGCAAAAUCAUUCGGCCUGCAAGAUCGAAGCAUUGUAGCAUCUGCAACAAAUGCGUGGCUCGUUUUGAUCACCAUUGUGCCUGGAUGAAUAACUGCAUUGGUGAAGGCAAUCUGCGAUAUUUUUUGUCGUUUCUUGGCUGGCAUGUUUUGCUAUGUUGGUAUGGGGCUUGGGUGCUCGUUAUGAUUCUAGCGGGUCAUGUUGAAGAGCGAAAUGUUAUUCGAGCAAUAAGAUGGUACAUUGGUCGGCCUGCAACAUUCCAUGACAUAUAUCCGCAUGUCUUUCAGUGGUUGUUGGCUUAUUAUUCAACACAAGUAAUGCUGGUGAUAUUUUUGCUGGUGAUAUCCUUGCUACUUAUGGGAUUUUUUGGUUAUCAUCUGUCCCUUGUGGCAUACAACACAACCACAAACGAGACAUACAAGUGGGAUAGACUUAAACGGUAUGCCGAAGUAGAAGCGACAAAGCAGGCUAGUGAAGCCAAAGAUAUCCCAUCUGCGGAGCAAAGGCAGCAGUCACAGGGCAAAUGUGGGUGGUUACGUUGUAUGAGUUGUUGGGGUAGUGCACCCAAAUUAGAAGAGAGGAAUAUAUAUGAUAGAGGUAUUUGGAAGAAUGUUUUCGAGGUUCUUAAUCCUCAAGGAUUUAAACGUUCAGUCAGACGUGUAGUGAAGAAGAAGCAGUAGCUAUUUUCUACUGUGCUGUAUAAGGAUUAACAUCCAUUUGUUUUCUUGAAUUGUUCCUUGAUACA